AAACUAGUUGAACACUCUCAAAUUAAUUCAAAAUGUCAACAGAGGAGCCAGAUCAAAAUAUUGUAAUGUUUAAAAGGAAAUCCAAAAAGAACCUCAGACAAAGACGAACAGAGGAGGACGAAGCUGCCGAGAAUCUUGAAGAUGCAGAUUUGACGGAAAAGGUGGAGUUGUACAAAGAGCUGAGGAAAUUACGAGAAAAGAAGAGUGGAACAAGCCAUGUUACACUAGCGCUUGGAAAAAAGACGAAUAUGGAAGAAGAGAUUAUCACUUCAAACACGGACCCAUUUAAAUCUGGAACUGGAGGAAUGGUGGACAUGGCUGCUCUCAAUAGUGGAAAGUAUAGUAUGGACACUGAUGACGCGUAUGCGACUGGAAUUGGAACACAGUUUUCUGCAGAGACAAACACCAGGGAUGAAGAUGCAGAAAUGUUAAAGUAUAUCGAAAAUAAGCUGCAAGAAUAUAAAAAAUCCACAGCAAAGGGAGGAUCUAGUGCAUAUGAUGAUGCCACUCUAAUUGCAAAAUUUCUCAGUCCUGAAGAAGCUGCCUUGUUAGCCGUCCCUGAACACCUAAGAAAAUCCACGGGAUCGAACAAAUCAGAGGAAAUGUUAAGUAACCAAAUGUUGAGCGGAAUACCUGAAAUUGAUUUAGGAAUAGAAGUUAAGAUAAAAAAUAUUGAAGCAACAGAAGAAGCCAAGCAAAAAAUUAUCCGUGACAGAAUGAGUAAAAAAGAAAUGCCAUCUCAUUUUGUUCCUACAAACAUGGCAGUGAAUUUCGUGCAACAUAACCGAUUUAAUAUUGAAGACCCAACGGGAUCGGCUGCUAAAAGGCCAAAAAAAGAGAAGGAGCCUGAAAAGCCAAAAAAGGUUGUUGUUGUGGUUGGAGCUCAGCCUGAAGAAGUUGGAACUGAGUCUGUACAAAAAGAAAAAGGGACUGAGAAGGCGUCAGACGAUUUUCAUUUUGAAAAAUUUAAAAAGCAGUUUCGAAGAUUUUAAGUUAAGUGAUUUUCAAAGAUUUUAGGUAUAAGCAAAUUAUUAUGUUUUUUUACCACCGAUUAACGCAUACUAUUAUACACAAUAUUAUAAAGGGUUGUUGUACUUCUUGAUAGCUAAUUAAGAGAAUUUGAGAAACACGGUAAAAAAUUAUACGAAAUAAAUAUAUAAGUAUUAUACUAUUUUAA